GCGUGUGAAGUCAUCUUUUAUUUUGUAACUCAUUGUUUAGGUGACUCCCCCAGUGUCUCGAACCGUCACGAGGAUCAUCGGCACUUCCGCGUCCACACCAUAGACUGUACACUCUACUGAGGAGCACCGCACUCGUCUCAUCAUGAUCACCAAAUUAUACUUCUGCUGUUUUAUUCUCUCUUUUAUGUUUAUGUGUUCGUCUUCGCAAUAUGUACCACCGUACACAGAAGAGUGCAGAAGUGGCAUGUAUCCUCCAAACGGCCCAACAUUUAAAGGCGAUGUGUCCUGGUAUACUGUUAAUCUGGAUUUACCACCAAGCAAAAGAUGGACAGAUAUCAUUACAGACAAAAAGAAUGAAAUGGUGAGCAUGAUUCAGGCUAUCAGAGAUCUGGCAGAUGCAUUUGUUCCCAGUGGAAAGCUUAUUGAUCUAGUAGACAAGGACUUGUCCUUGAUGGUGGAUACCCUGCCUUACCCGUUCAAUGAGGAGAUCAGAGGAAUAGCAUCAGUGUCUGGUGUUCCUUUGGGUGAGGUGGUGCUCUUCAACAUAUUUUAUGAGGUGUUCACGGUAUGCACUUCUCUGGUUGCAGAGGAUGUCAAUGGCAAUCUCAUCCAUGCAAGGAACCUGGACUUUGGACUUUUCAUGGGCUGGGAUUUAAAGAACAGAUCAUGGAUCAUCACAGAGAAGCUGAAGCCACUGGUUGUCAACAUUGACUUCAGACGUAACAACCAGACCGUCUUUAAAUCCACUAAUUUUGCAGGAUACGUGGGCAUGCUGACCGGUAUUCAUCCGCACUCCUUCACCCUCACUAUGAAUGAACGAUUCAGUCUGGAUGGAGGCUACAUCGGGAUUCUGGAGUGGAUCUUGGGGAAGAGAGAUGGCAUGUGGAUGAGUUUUCUGACUCGUUCUGUGCUGGAGAAUGCUACAAGCUAUGAAAGUGCCAAGGCUCUGUUGUCUGACACUAAGCUGCUGGCUCCAGCGUACUUCAUCCUCGGAGGAAACCAGCCGGGUCAAGCCUGCAUUAUCACCAGAUCCAGAACACACAGCAUCAAUCCACUGCAGCUGGAUGUGAAGAAUGGUAGGUGGUAUGUGUUGGAGACUAACUAUGACCACUGGAAAGAGCCUCUGUUUCUGGAUGACCGCAGAACUCCUGCUAUGAAAUGCAUGAAUCAGACCACACAGGCUGAUAUCUCCAUAAAGACAGUCUAUGAUGUCCUGUCCACCAAGCCAGUGUUAAAUAAAUUGACCACAUACACUACUCUUAUGGAGGUGUCUAAGGGAACACUGGAGUCUUACAUCCGUGACUGUCCUAACCCCUGCAUGCCGUGGUGAGGGACAGGCUGCAUUACUGGGACAGACUUCUGUGCAUUUAGGCAAAGACGAAUCUAAUUCAUAUUUUAGCUUAAUUAAAAAAUCAGUAGCUAAAAGGUAUAUUAUGUCUGCUUUUGUGGGCAUCAUUGGGUUUAAUCAAGCUUAACCUGCAAACAGGUACAGAAGGGCAGCCUACUUCACACUUGUCUAAAGAUGCAUGUUAUGGAAACAAAAAAUAAUUGCACAGAGUUGUAUUGACAUUUUACAAUUUCUUUCAAAUUUUUGUGAAUGUGAUUGACAUUUUUUUAUAUAUAUAUUUUUGUAACUACAUAUUAACGUACAGAAAUAUGCACAGUGGAACAACUUGAUAAUCAACACUACUGGUGCCUCAUAACUUUAUUUAACCUCAACAGCGCUGUUAACUAACAAAUGCAUGAGGGAAAAAUUAUCAACUGAAAGAAAUGAAUGUACAUAAAGCAAUAAACAAAUUUGCACAAAUAACAUCAAUAAAUCAUGGAGAUACGAUA